CUUAUUAACCGGACAACGAGGGCAUCUUCUUUUCCACGGCUUGCCUCUUGCCCUUCUUGACGGUCAAGGAACGAGAAACAUGCCUGCUCUCUCGUUUUCUACCCAGAUAAUGCACCUGGGCAAGGACGUCAGCGAUGCCGCCUACGGUCUUGUAAGCCGAGCAAUUGCUCCAACACAGGGAGGCCUGCUACAAGGCCAGAACCCCGCUGCGCUCAACAACGCCGACCCCAUCCGUCUAUGGAUAAUCCAGCUGUUCAUCAUCAUCUGCUUUACCCAGCUGCUUGGGCUCUUCCUGAGUCGCAUCCGCCAACCCCGAGUUAUCAGCGAGGUCAUCGGUGGUAUCCUCCUUGGUCCAACGGCAAUGGGGCGCAUCAACGGUUUCACGAACAACAUCUUCCCUGCGCAGAGUGUAUAUUACCUCAAUCUCACCGCCAACAUCGGUCUUGUCCUCUUCCUCUUCGUCGUAGGUAUGGAAGUCGACACGCGCAUCAUCAGGCGUAACGGACGUGCCAGUCUCGCCAUCUCCGCAGUCGGCAUGGUCCUCCCCUUCGGUCUCGGCGCCGCCGUCUCGGUCCCCAUGUAUGCGCUUUACAUCAACGAAUCCAUCGUCUCAUUCGGCAACUAUCUACUCUUUGCCGGUGUGGCUAUGUCUAUCACCGCCUUCCCCGUGCUUUGCCGUAUCCUGACCGAAUGCAAGCUGCUUCCCACCGCGGUUGGGACAGUUACCCUCGCCGCUGGUGUAGGAAACGACAUCGUUGGAUGGAUUCUCCUCGCUCUCACCGUCGCACUCGUCAAUGCCACCACUGGCGUCAUGGCUGUGUACAUCCUCCUCUGCACGGUUGGCUGGGCCCUUGUCCUCCUCUUCCCCAUCAAGUGGGGCCUGAAUUGGCUCGCCCGCAAAACGGGUUCCUUCGAAUCCGGCCCUACACCCUUCAUGAUGACGCUAGUGCUGUUGCUCGUGUUUGCCAGCGCAUUCUUCACUGACGUCAUCGGCGUGCACGCCAUCUUCGGCGGCUUUCUCGCAGGCAUUGCCAUGCCCCAUGAGGGUGGGUUCAGAACCGCCCUUGUGGAGAAAUUUGAAGACCUCGUCACUCUCCUCUUCAUCCCCAUCUACUUUGCUCUCUCCGGGCUCAGCACCAACCUUGGCUUGCUUAACCGCGGCGUCGACUGGGGAUACAUCGUCCUCUUGUGCGUGAUCGCAUUUGUGGGCAAGUUCGUCGGCUGCGCAGCCACCGCCUUCUUCUUUGGAUUCAAAUGGCGCGAAGCAGGCGCAAUCGGUACUCUCAUGUCCUGCAAAGGUCUUGUUGAGCUUAUCGUCCUCAACGUCGGUCUCUCAGCUGGUAUCCUCGAUACGCGCAUAUUCUCGAUGUUCGUCGUCAUGGCCCUGGUGCUCACGUUCAUGACCACUCCUCUUACCCUCAUGUUCUACCCCCCCAAGUACCAUGUCUACUUGGCCGACGGUCACCUUCCCGGGCCAACACACAGGCACAGUGAGGCAGAAGCAGCCCACCCUACACCACGCGCCACGACUUUCAACUCCGUCACGGGCACGACAGCGACGCGCGGCGAGGAACAGCUCAAGAGCCGCUUUGCGGUCGUCCUGAGCAAGAUGGAGCAUCUACCCGCGCUGAUGACCCUCACCCAGCUGUUGCAGCCCCCGCCUACUGGACCCGCGACAGCGUUCGACAACACACGUGCGAGCUCGAUCGACGAGAGUGAGAAGGAUAGUACCACCAAGCAAAACACCGGGAGGAUGCUUAGCGUUCCCGUCCUUUCUACUACUCCGGUCCGCGCGACGACCAUCAGCCCGCACACCCCUCCUGUGCGUAUCGACGCGCUCCGGUUGAUUGAGCUCACUGAGCGCGCGUCGGCAUUGUUCAAAGCCUCGGUGACGGACGAGCUCGUGCGCUCUGAUCCGCUUGUGAACAUCUUCCGCACCUACGGCCACUUGAACCGGAUUCCAAUCUCCGCCUCGGUAUCUGUUGUCAACUAUGACUCCUUCCCCUCGAGUGUCAACCAUCAUGUACAGGACCAUGCCUCGGAGUUGGUUAUCAUCCCCUGGGGACCGCAGAGCAUGGGUUCUAGCGUGCUGGAACAAGCUACCACAGGCGCAUCGGGUACGACGACCUAUUCCGGCCCUCUUUCCAGUCUAUUCAGCUCACCCACGAGUACCUCGGCACCCGACGGGCCUCAGUCUCUGCUCUACUCCCAAUUUGCGCGCAGGGUGUUCGCAGAGGCACCCUCAGAUGUUGCGCUGUUCAUCGACCGCGGACUGUCACCGAGCGAAACGGCAGGCGGAUACGGCCAGCAUAUCUUCUUCCCCUUCUUUGGUGGGCCUGAUGAUCGCGCCGCCCUCGCCUUGGUCGUCCAGCUGUGUGCGCACCCGGCUAUCAGUGCCACCGUCAUCCGGGUGACGAAGAGCGACGAGCCGACAGAAGUCGAUCUACAGACCCCCGCGGCCACGCACCUUUCGGAUAACAUCAGGGACAACAUCGCUUCAACACUCAACGCCGGCAUGACUCUACAAUCCACACACUUCCCUGACACGGUCUAUGGCCAGAAUACGACCCAGGUCCAGCUUGCCUCAAGCGCUGCGGACGACAUCGCUUGGGAGACGUUUGCGCGACCGAGCGGGGAGACGGCACCGCGCAGUCCGUUUAUAGAGGAAGCGCUGACACGUGUCAACUUCUCGAGCUUGACUAGCUCGCAGCCUCUACGUGUGCUCGUCCAGCGUGCCCAUCAGGAAGAGCGCGAAUCAGGAUCCUGGAAGACCCUCGUUGUGGUCGUUGGACGUGGAAGGAGGUUAGCGACGGAGAGCCACCACGCGGAGUUGGCACAGCUGUUGUCAGAGCAUGGGAGGGAGACGAGCAUCAACCCCGAUGUUAGGAAGACAAUUGGAGAUGUUGCGACUGCGUUUGCGGUCUCGGGCAGUAGGGCGAGUCUGCUGAUUAUGCAGAGUGCGGAGGCCCGCUGAGGGUUUGAGCUGGAUUGGUCGCUCCUCUCUUGGAUACUUAUGUUUUUGGGCGUCUAUAUUGUACAGGUACU